AUGACGGCCAUCUACGUCAAGAAUCGACUGCCGUCACCUAAAGUCGUGCACAAGACCCCGUUUGAGAUCGUCUACAACUUGAAACCAAGCGUCAAGCACAUGCGAACAUUCGGGUGUCAGACAUACAUACUGACGCCUAAAGAGAAUCGACUCAAGUGGGAUCCAAAGGCUCGCGCUGGCAUAUUCGUGGGCUACGAAGAAGUUUCGAAGGCAUAUCGUGUUUAUGACAUCGAGGCGGGGCAGGUGGUUAUCAGCCGCGAUGUCAACUUUGACGAGUCCACCUUUGGACUUCAACUGCCGAUCACUGAUAAAGAUGUCGAUGACCUGGACUUCGAAUUGCUGGAUCUUGAUGACGAAGAGCUGCGUCAAAUGGAGUACAAGCAAACAGGCAAGCGCAAGAACCGACUCAAUGAUGAAGAUACAGCAGCUCCACGACCGCGUGCAGUGCGUCAACGACCAGGACUAGAAGAGUCAAGCGCGCCGGAAAACAACUCGUCACGCCAAGAAGAAGACGAAGAAACGAAGGAUUCUGGUGAUUCAACACCGCCUGUGUUUUGGCGUGCGAGUGCAAAUGCCGUUGAAGCAGCAGUGGACUUAUCAGAGCCCUCAACAUUUGAAGCAGCAGUAAGCGGCCCUGACCAAGUGCACUGGAGAAAAGCAAUUCAUGCAGAGCUCGAGUCAAUGCGACUUCGCGGUGUGUUUCGUGCAGCCAAGCUGCCCAACGGACAACGCGCCAUUGGCACAAAAUGGGUGUUCAAGAUCAAGCGCAAGGCGGAUGGGUCGAUCGAGAAGUACAAGGCACGACUUGUGGCCAAGGGUUUCCGCCAAAAGUAUGGCAUCGACUACACGGAGACGUUUUCGCCUGUGGUCAAGUAUGUGACGCUGCGAAUGGUGAUCGCAAUUUCCAAGCAUUUUGGAUGGCCCAUCGACCAGCUUGAUGUGGUGACAGCUUUCCUGUAUGGCGUCAUGAAGGAACAAGUGUUCUGCGCGAUUGCUGAAGGCGUCGAACUUGACAGUACGUUCGACUGCCUGGAAUUGGUGAAGUCAAUUUACGGCCUCAAGCAAGCGUCGCGAGUGUGGAACGAGACGUUCGACGAGUAUUUGUGCUCCAUCGGAUUUCAAGUAUCGGACUUCGACCCAUGUCUCUACAUCAAGACUUCGGACGGCCAUUGCGUGUUUAUACUGGUCUACGUGGACGACGUCUUGGUGACUGGAAGCUCGCUCGAGCUGAUUGCACAAACCAAAAACGACCUGAAGACGCGGUUCGAAAUGACGGACAGCGGCAAGUGUGCGUUUGUUCUUGGGAUCGAGCUUUUGGACGAUGAAGAUGGCAGUGUAACACUAUGUCAGCGUCGGUAUAUCGAUGAUAUCCUCAAGCGCUUUGGCAUGGAUGAUUGCAAGGCAGUCGCAAGUCCAGUCGACAUGAGCUCUCGACUUGUUUCAAGUGAUGCAACUACCAAGGUCGAUGCUCCUUUUCGCGAAGCUGUUGGUGCGUUGAUGCACCUGACCACUGCAACGCGUCCGUACAUUGCGUUUGCUGUGGGCUAUGUGUCGCGGUUCAUGGAAAAUCCCCGAGAAGAACACUGGGUUGCAGUUAAGCGUAUCUUUCGCUACCUACAAGGCACCAAGACGCAUGGAAUUUGCUACAAGCCAAGUGCAAGGAUCGACUUCCGUGGAUAUUCGGAUGCGGAUUGGGCUGGUGAUCUUACCGACCGCAAGUCAACAUCGGGGUACACGUUCAUGCUACUCGGUGCGCCAGUGAGUUGGGGCAGCAAGAAGCAGCCAAGUGUUUCGUUGUCCACGAGUGAAGCCGAAUACAUCGCACUCAGCUUGGCGAUUCAAGAGGGCAAGUGGAUUCAUCGUCUGCUUUGUGAGAUCGUGAUGGCUGCCAAUGAAGAAGGACCGGAACUCAUGAUUCAUGAAGACAAUCAGUCAUGUAUCAAGAUGACGAAGAACCCGGUCAACCACGGCCGUGCCAAGCACAUUGAUAUCAAGUACCAUCACAUCCGUAAUGAGGUCAAGCGCGGUGAAGUGAAGCUCAAGUACUGUGAAACUGCGGUGAUGUUAGCGGACAUCAUGACGAAGGGACUUCAUGGACCACGCCACAAGGAGAUGACGGCGACUCUCGGGAUUCGUGAGCAUUCGGAUUGA